CAUGGACUCCGUCUUUCUCCUUGGCGCCGAGGCCCGCGGGUGCUUCCUCCAGAGCGCAGCACGGAUCCUCGGAUGCUCGUAUAUUUGCCUGUGGACGCCGCUUCCCCACCAAUCCAAUCACUUGGCCUCCAUCGGCGGAUGGCACCACGAGGACGACAGCAGCCACCCCAGCUCUUCAUCGGGCAGCCUCUCCCGGAGGCUCUUCGAGGCCUACCGGAAUUCGGCUUUCAGCAUGGACAGCGGGUGUGUCCCUGGGUUGGCCUACAAGGGAAGGAUCCCAUAUAUCGAGCUAGGGGAGUCGGAGUUGAUGAACUCGGCUGCGACGCAAAUCCAGCGGCGGUUUUAUCAGGAAGCCGGAAUUAAGACGGCUGUUUUUAUGGGAUGCAGCAGCGGGGAGAUUGAAUUAGGGAUGACCAUGUCAAAUAUUGGGCAGAUAUACACGCAGAUGAACAUCCAGCAAGUGUUUUCCGAAGAUUUCGUUCAGCACUCCCUCUUACGGGACCCAUUCCCGGCACCCGACCAGAGUAAGCCCUCAGAGUCAUCCUCGUCGCUUCGAUCUUUGUCGGUGGGAAGUCCGGAGUGCUCAUCCCUCCUACUCACCAAGACGAGUGUUCCUUUCAUGCCUGAGGUGACCGGAGAGCAAGCUUUAGUGGUUCCACCACACCAAAUAGCCAUGCAAGCCUAUGGUCGAUACCGAGAUGUCCAGCUUCCAACUCCUGCAAGUGAUGAUGCAGCAAUCACGAGAGCAAUGCUUGCUAUUCUCUCUUCAGCUUCUUCUUCUUCUUCUCCAUUGCUCUACCAGUCUCUACGCCAGGAUCAAGCCCAGGGGAGCCCAAGGAACCGUCCGGUGGGGCCAUUUAGGCCCUAUAACCCAGCCCUUGCUCCAAAUCUCGAACCCAGGGCAGCGGCGCAUGGCCAGAAGAUGGUGAAAACGGCAAUCUCUAUGCUUAGAGGGAUAUAUCAUAUGAGAUAUCAGACUCGUAUGCAGGAGUUACGGCCGACAAGCAAUCAGUUGCACCAUAUGAUAUCCGAGCGCAGGCGCCGAGAGAAGCUUAAUGAGAGUUUCCAUGCACUCAGAAUGUUAUUACCACCAGGUUCUAAGAAGGACAAGGCAUCAGUGCUUGCCAACACAAAGGACUAUGUGAAUACUUUAAAAGCUCAAAUCUCUGAGCUAGAAGAGAGAAACCGAAUGCUAGAAUUGCAACUUCAACCUGCUGUUGAAAUUACAGAAGUUGGUGAUUCAACAGAAACAGUAGAAGUUCAGAUAACAAGGGCGUCCGAAUCAACAUCACAAACCCAAAGAAUCAACCUUAGAAUUACAGUUAGGGUAGAAUGUGAUAUGAUUGAUUUAGUUCUCCGCAUACUUAAAUGCCUGAAAGAGAUGGGAAAUAUCAGCUUAGUAUCAGUGGAUGCAAGCACAGGUCCACCACAAACGAAUACAUUUGCAAGCUCAAAUUUCACACUACAAGUUCAGGCCAGUGAUUGGGACGAGGAGACGUUCAAGGAAGCCGUAACCAGGGUGGUUGACGGUUUGGUGGCGCGACCAGCAACCACAACUUCUUGACCUCCAAUAUUUUAAUACAUAUAGAGAUAGAGCACGAGGAGCUGCAUGACAUCCAAUUCUAUUCAAAGAUGGAAAAAUCUAGACAAGGAAGGCAAUAUGGAUUCUUGGAUUCUCCAAUUGGACGGAGGCGGGCUGGGUGUCCUUUUGGUGGCUCGACCUCAUUGACUGCAGUUUGAAUGGGUCUAAAGUUGGAUAUAGGGAGCCAUACCAAAGCCGGGUGCAGUGAAGGAUGGGAAACUCCCCUUAGCUUUAAUCUCCAUCCACUGCCUACAAUUUUGUUCUUUUAAAUUAACACAUACGGAUAUUUAAGUGUGGUCAGGAUAAAAAUUUUGAUGUAGUUUCGUGAUUAAAUUCUUGCUGUUUACGUAAAAUGGCCAAGAGACGGCGGCUUUGACCGACCAAUAGAAUUAGAUUUUUUU